GCCGUCGACGGGGCGGGGACGCUGCGCGGCGGCGGCUGAGGCGCUAGCCGUGUGGGGUGCUCCGGGAGGUGGUGGCGGCUGCGGCGGCCCUCGCAGGCGUUUCGGGUCCUGCGUCUCUGGGCGGCGGCGGCGGCUCAUGGCGGCGGCCGAGCUGAGAGGAGUGGUGGCUCCGGGCCCCGCGGCCCUCGCGGCUCCAGGCGGCGGCGGCGCCGGGCCCCCGCUGGCGGGCGGCGGCGGGCGCGGGGACGCGGGGCCGGGCGCGGGGCUCGCGGCUGGGACGGCGACGGGCGCGGGAGCGGGCGGCGCGGGGCCCGGGGCGGGGGCAGUGGCGGCGGCGGGGCCCGCGUCUGCACCGCCGGCCGGAGGCUCGGGCUCGGCCCGCGAGGGCUGGCUCUUCAAGUGGACCAACUACAUCAAGGGCUACCAGCGGCGCUGGUUCGUGCUGAGCAACGGGCUGCUGAGCUACUACAGGUCGAAGGCAGAAAUGAGGCACACCUGUCGUGGCACUAUCAACCUGGCCACGGCCAACAUCACGGUGGAGGACUCCUGUAACUUCAUCAUCUCCAACGGGGGUGCGCAGACCUACCACCUGAAGGCCAGCUCGGAGGUGGAGCGACAGCGUUGGGUGACUGCCCUGGAGCUGGCCAAGGCCAAGGCGGUGAAGAUGCUGGCAGAGUCAGAUGAGUCGGGUGAUGAGGAGUCUGUCUCCCAAACUGACAAGACAGAGCUGCAGAACACCCUGCGAACACUGUCCAGCAAGGUAGAGGACCUGAGCACGUGCAAUGACCUGAUUGCCAAGCAUGGCACUGCCCUGCAGCGCUCCCUUAGCGAGCUGGAGUCCCUCAAGCUGCCCGCCGAGAGCAGUGAAAAGAUCAAGCAGGUCAACGAGCGGGCCACGCUGUUCCGGAUAACGUCCAACGCCAUGAUCAAUGCGUGCAGAGAUUUCCUCGUGUUGGCGCAGACCCACAGUAAGAAGUGGCAGAAGUCACUACAGUACGAGCGAGACCAGCGGAUCCGGCUGGAGGAGACCCUGGAGCAGCUCGCCAAGCAGCACAACCACUUGGAGAGGGCCUUCCGAGGGGCCACCGUGCUGCCUGCCAACACCCCAGGCAGUGCCGGGUCCGGAAAAGAUCAGGGCUGUGCUGGUAAAGGGGACAUGAGUGAUGAAGAUGAUGAGAAUGAGUUCUUUGAUGCCCCAGAAAUCAUCACCACACCUGAAAGUCUGGGCCACAAACGCACUGGCAGUAACAUCAGUGGAGCCAGCAGUGACAUCAGCUUGGACGAACAGUACAAGCACCAGCUGGAGGAGACCAAGAAGGAGAAGAGAACCCGAAUCCCGUACAAGCCAAACUAUAGCCUCAACUUGUGGAGCAUCAUGAAGAACUGCAUUGGGAAGGAGCUCUCCAAGAUCCCAAUGCCGGUGAACUUUAAUGAGCCCUUGUCCAUGCUGCAGCGCCUUACUGAAGAUCUGGAAUACCAUGAGCUGUUAGACCGGGCUGCAAAGUGCGAGAACUCUCUAGAACAGCUCUGUUAUGUUGCAGCUUUCACCGUGUCCUCCUACUCCACUACUGUCUUCCGUACCAGCAAGCCAUUCAACCCACUCCUUGGAGAGACCUUCGAGCUGGACAGGCUGGAGGAGCACGGGUACCGGUCCCUCUGCGAGCAGGUGAGCCAUCACCCUCCUGCUGCCGCGCACCAUGCGGAGUCCAAACAUGGCUGGACACUGCGUCAGGAGAUCAAGAUCACCAGCAAAUUCCGGGGCAAAUACCUCUCCAUCAUGCCCCUUGGUACCAUCCACUGUAUUUUUCAUGCAACUGGGCACCACUACACUUGGAAGAAAGUUACCACGACUGUGCACAACAUCAUCGUGGGGAAGUUGUGGAUAGAUCAGUCUGGUGAAAUCGAUAUUGUAAAUCACAAGACAGGAGACAAGUGUAACCUUAAAUUUGUUCCUUAUAGCUACUUCUCUCGGGAUGUAGCAAGAAAGGUGACGGGGGAGGUGACUGAUCCAUCAGGAAAAGUCCACUUUGCCCUCUUGGGGACCUGGGAUGAGAAAAUGGAUUGUUUCAAAGUCCAGCCAGCUGCGGGUGAGAACGGGGGUGAUGCCCGGCAGCGAGGCCACGAAGCUGAGGAGAGCAGGGUCACACUGUGGAAGCGGAACCCUCUGCCGAAGAAUGCAGAGAACAUGUACUACUUUUCCGAGCUUGCCCUUACGCUCAAUGCCUGGGAAGGGGGCACGGCCCCCACCGACAGCCGGCUACGGCCAGACCAGAGACUGAUGGAGAACGGGCGCUGGGAUGAAGCCAAUGCUGAGAAGCAGCGCCUAGAGGAGAAGCAGCGGAUGUCCCGCAAGAGGCGGGAGGCCGAAGCCGUGCGCGCCACAGAGGACGGCACACCACAUGAUCCCUACAAGGCCCUGUGGUUCGAGCGCAGGAAGGACCCGGUCACCAAGGAACCCACCCACAUCUACAGGGGAGAGUACUGGGAUUGCAAGGAGAAACAGGACUGGGGUGCGUGCCCAGACAUUUUCUGAGGGUCACACAGGGAACGUGGAUGGAACAAGGACAGGACAGCGGGAGCUGGCGCCACCCUUCAGGAGUGCCCGUCCUUCCCGAAUCAGUCACCUAAAGCAGCCCUGUGGUGGUGAUUGGCUGGUGGCCUUAGCUGAUUGACUCAGAGACCAAUGGCCUGAUGAGUUGGAGAGGGAGCAGCCACUUGACUGUGGUCCUGGCUAUUCCCCUGCCUGCUGUCGCCCUUGGCCCAGCCUCUGUCUGAUCCCGCUUGGCUGGGUGCAGUCUGCGGGGAUAGGGUGCGUGGGCAUUUUGGUGCUGUCCAGAGCUGAACUGAUUGGGAAACUGCUCCGGAGGAGCCUCGGGGGACUGCAGCAGCGGAGAGCCUCAGGGUGGCUGCUCUGGUCCUGCGCCCCAGGCCUGCCCAGCUGUCCAGUGCCGAGAGCCGCUCCACUCCACCCUCUAAUGGCAGCAGCAAUUCCGUGGCAGGGAGAGGCUGGGUUCAGGGGGACAACCAGGAGCCCUACUCGCCUGGCUCUCGUCCCUGUCCCUUGUCGCCUUGAAGCUGCUCCCAGCGCCCAGGUCUGCACCUUGAGCAGUGGGCGCCUGUCCCACCCUGAGGUCCUCCAGGAGUGGAGAGACUUUGACCUGGGACCUGGAUCACCAUCUCUUGAGCCCGCGGACUGGAGCCGCCUCUGGAAUAAUGUGUUAAAUACCUGUAUAUUAUAUAUAUGUAGAGAAAAAUCUAAUUUUUGUUUGAUUUCCCUGCUCUCUGUUAAGAAUCUUGGUUCUGAGAGCCCCGAUGUCCCUGGGACUGGCCAUUAGGGGCCAAUGGGCCGCAUGCACACUCGGCCACAUCUGGCCACCUGGACUGUCUCCAGGCUGCAGUGGGGCUGCAGGCUGCCAGGCUCUGCCCAGCUGCUGAGGAUGGGACCUCCCCUCCCGCUGCCUGCUCACUCUUCCCUUAGGAAGAGCAUGAGGGAAACCUCGAGGCCAGUUCCCAGCACCAACAUGGGAGGCAGGGGGCUGCUGGGUGUGCUGUAGUCUUGUUCUGAAGCCGCUCUCCCCCGCCAGGCGGCUCAUCCUUGUUGAGGAUCACAAAUUGAGGUGCCUUCCUUGUAUGCUUUCUGUUAGUUUUUCGUUUUUGUUCCUUAACUGCUGAGCCUCAGCCAGUGUGGGAUCCUGGGGCAGAAUCAUUCCAGAGGAAGCCACUCCACCAGGACCAGGUCUCACGGGCAGGCAAACCAGUCCUUCACUCAGUCUCCUGCAUCCCCUUCCAGCCGUGAUGAACAGAAAAAGAGGGACAGAUGUGGGGUGUCUCUCCUGGGUCCCUUCCCCAGCACCAGCUCGGGUGAUGUCGGGGUCCUCAGUGGACUCAGUAGGGUGGAAGUCCCUGUGAGCACCCUGCUUGCUUCCUCUCCAUCUGCACUACAUUUCUGCCCCCACCCCUGCCCCUGUUAAUGGAAGACACGUAGAGCCUUCAGGUGGAAUAAAGUCACAUCAAAACAGAACUAUAUAUAUUUUCAGUUCUUUUGCCUUAUUGCUUUUUUUCCAAAAAAACUACUAAAUUAAAUAAUUUUUAAAAAGCCA